GGACUCUCUCGUUGUCGCGUUCGUCCAUCCCGCAACGGCGUGUGUGAGAAAAAAAGACGGGUUUAAAACGUUAAAAGAGCGAGACGCCUUGUAGGCGAGUGCGAGGCAACGAAAGAGGAGAACAAGUAGACAAGGCAAAGAGACAACGGAUAAAGUGUGUUAAUCGUGCAAUCCGAGGUGAUUGUCACAGUGGGAAUUAUUUUUGGGGAAUUGAUGGGACGUGAUUGGAUUUGGUACUGAACAAGAGUUUGAAGUAGUCGUGUGCCAGAGCAACGAGUAACGAGUAACGAGUACCACCGCCGCCGUCAUGGCAACUUCACGAUCAUCCGGGUCUACCAAGCCGGACAUGGAGAUCGUAAAGGCUUCGUAGAAGUUAUCACAUGAUCAAAGGCAGCGCAUCAAUGGCCCUAGAAUCAAAUGGUAACAACGUGGUCUGGUUGAACGCAACCCGUCCUGAUCAAAUACAGCAGCACGUUGGAAAGGACGACUCACUGCGGAUAGAGCCCACUGAGGAUCAGAGCCAUCUCCAGCAGGGACAGCAUCAUCGAUAUCAGCGCAAUCUCAUUAAGAUACCGAAUCAACAGAGUCAACAGGUCGAUCAGCCAGUAAAGUGUUCCAUGUUUACUCAAACGGAGCAGACUAAUAGUUUUACGCAAACUGAGCAAAGUAACUCCGGUUACGCUGAGCAGCGCCAGCCUCAACAGCAGGCGACAAUGUUCGAUCCUCAGCAAAUCCAGCAGCAACAGCCUGCUCAGGGGCAACAGACCCAGCAGCAAGGCCAACAAAUGCAAUAUGUAACCGAAAAAAAAGAGGAGAAACCCCAGCAACAAGCAACAACAGCUGAAUUUCCCUUUUACUACAAUGUCAAUAUGCUGCAGAAGGUACAAACAAACACAGUGAGCACGAUUGGUGCUAUAACAACCGAUGACAAAGGCUGUUAUCGUUUUGAUGUACAGCCAGUUGGUUACAAUACACUGCUAAAUCAAAUGAGUCUAGCAGCAGCAACAAAUGCUGCAACUUUCAAGUGUGACAUAUGUGGCCUGGUCUUUGGACAUUUAAGUCUGUUAAAUCAUCACAAGAGACUCCACAAUUCGACACCUAGCAAUUUACAACAGCCUCAACAGGUUGUCGUACAGGCACCAACGACUGUCACUGUAGCAACAACACCUGAACGACCGUACACGUGCGAUGCUUGUGGUGCUUGUUUUGCAUUACCUGGGGAAUUGAAGAGUCACAAGACUAAUAUGCAUCAGAAGCCUAAGGUCCAAGUGUGUGAGGAGUGUGGGAGUGAAGACCCCUGUGAACAUCAUCCUACUAAAGUCAAAAAGGCAAUCAAGCCUGGCCAUCAUCCUGUCAAACGAAGGGGCGUCACUAGUGUAACCAAGUGCCACAAAUGCAAUGGAACGGGAAUCAUUUUCAUUGGCGGCAAGCAAAACCAGAACCAGCCGGAGAAGCCGUUUCACUGUAACGUUUGUGAUGGAACAUUUUCACGCUACUCAUCGCUCUGGUCACACAAGAGACUCCACUCUGGGGAUAAACCGUUCAAGUGCGAAGUCUGUGGUUUGGCCUUUGCGAAGGCUGCUUACUUGAAGAAUCAUGGACGCGUGCACACUGGCGAAAAACCAUUCAAGUGUAGCGUGUGUGGUAUGCAAUUUUCACAGAGCCCACACUUAAAGAAUCACGAGCGCAUACACUCGGGUGAGCGUCCCUAUCAAUGCGAAGUCUGUGAGAAAACAUUUGCGAGACACUCGACACUGUGGAAUCAUCGUAGAAUUCAUACUGGUGAAAAGCCUUACAGGUGUAACACCUGUGGGUCGGCUUUCAAUCAGGCAACUCACUUAAAAAAUCAUGCUAAAGUCCACACUGGGGAGAAACCUCAUAGAUGCGAUAUUUGUGAAAUAGGAUUUUCGGAUCGUUUUGCCCUAAAACGGCAUCGUGCAAUUCACGAAAAGUAUGGACAAACGGCGAGAAAUCAGAAUGCCAAUAGUGCGAGUAACUCGCAACAGCCAAAUACGAGUAAUCCACAGCAACAGCAGCAGCAGCAGCAGCAGCCAAACACGAGUAAUCCCCAGCAGUCACAGCAGGCCCAGCAGCAGCCACAGCCACAGCAGCAGACGCAACCUGGCCAGCCACAGGUAGUCGUUGUGAAUGCAACAACACCAGUCACUGUAAGCCAGGGCCAGGGACAGGCAGUGAUGCUAGAUGAGGUAUACAAAUGCCAAGUUACUUUUCCAGAGCCUAAAUGAUUUGACAGUUGAGAAGAGGACACAUGCCAAAUGCUGUGCUGAAUAACAAACGAGAGAGUUUAUUAUCUUUGUUCUCCAUCGAGACAACAAAUUCGGGAGAUACUAUUUCAUUAUUUUUCCUCCCUUUCUUUAACUCUUUAUUUUUCUUUUUCUUCGUCAUUCACCAUCGUAUGGUGUGUGUUAUAUCUGUGGAACAAGGUUCAACUUGUUUGAAUAAUAAAUAAUUUUAACGACCUGUGCCGACGAUAGACAUUUUUUAAAAUACGCUUUACACGGAUUAAUGAAAAAAAAAACUAAUGAUAAUGAUUAUGAAAAAUCACCAGUUUGUUCGAGAGUUGAUGACGUGGUGAUUCGAAUUUAAUGAACAUUAACAUCUUGUCUGUGAAGAAGUUGACGAAGUUAUGAAUGAUAAUUGAUACUGCAGAAACGAUAAAUGAGUAUCGAACAGGCAGACUAAUCUGUUUUAUAAUUUUAAGGCCGAAUACUAUAUUACGAAUAUCAGUUAUAUACUAUAGAAAGAAUAGUUUGUAAUAGUGAAUAGCUGAUUAGAGUAAUUAUGCAUAUAAAACGUCGAUACAUUAUUUUUUUCUUUCUUUCCAACAAUUGUAAACAGAGCGGUCGUGAUUGAUCGUUAUUAUGUCCCAUUAAAAAAAUUCUUAUUUCAUGUAACUAGUAUCCGCUUUAAUCAAUAAUUUGCUAUUCAGGAGUAACAAAUUGUUGAGACAUUUGUAAUGAUUGAUUAUAUAUUUUUAUUCUCGUAGUGAGUGUCUCGAUAGGCGGGGAAAUGGACGCGAAUCAAAGUACUGUUUAUGAAAAUUGUUUUUUUUGGGGCACGAAGACAAGAGUUAUGGUGCAGCUUUUUCUAAUGAAAUUUUUCAUUCACUCGUCACAACACAAUGCACCUGUUAUUAUUGAGUCGUUUUAUCUUCAGGAUUUUGCAUGGAUUUAAAUUCCCUUCUGUUAAUUUUUCUCUUCCAUCACUCUAGUGAUACACAAAGUUUUUUUUAAGAAUUUCAAACACAAGAUCAUUUAUUCAUUUUGUAAAUUAAUGUUUAUUGUAAAACUGUUACGUUAUAUUUCCUUCUGAACGUAAAUACGGUCAUAAUACCUGCUACAGUAUUUCGGAUUAGAUUAGAUACAAUUUAUCUAUCAAUGUUUCAAUACAUUUUAUUCUGCCUAUUGAAAUCGUCAAAUCAGUUUUUAAAAAAACAUCUUAAGUGAAUUUAUUAUUGUGAUUUAGUGGGCACCUGAAGCAGCAAAGUGGAGUUCCAGAGGCUGAAUGACACGCUUUUUUUACUAUUUAGUUUAUUUUCUAUUCUAUUUUGACUGCGUUCACUGACAAGAAGUUUAUAUCGCUAUUGAAUCAAUCCCCUGUGAAAAUUAUUUGGUAGGUCAGGCUCUGCAUACUCAAUAAAACAUAUUUUUUCAUUGAUUUUUUUUGUUCCCUAAUGGUCAGCCUCGUCUUACGAAUUCCACUUGUAAAUAUCUGUGAAUUUUUUAAUUAUCUGAUAAUUGUAAUGAAUUGUCUUCCUACAGUUGCGUAAGAGAACCUGACCUGCCAACUUUAAAUUGAAUUGAUUAAAAUUUUCCAUUAUUCAUUCGUUUGCUUCUUGAAAAUUGAUUUUUCUUCUCACCCAAAUGUUGAUUUAUCAGUCAACGCGAGAAAUAAAUGGGAGACGUAUAGGGAUUUGAGUGUUUGUUCUGUACAAGAUACUCAGUGAGUCAUGGGGAAUAAAAAUCUUGAUCCCCGGAGGCCAAUUGGAAUGGUAGACCUACAGAGUUUCAUUUGUCCCCUUUUUUAUUAUAAAUUUGUGGUAACCCGUUAACUAUUGUACAGCGUACAAACUCAGAUGUACCUAUGAUAAAGAAAAAAAAACAAUUAGCCUAAGUUUAGAAUUAAUUGAAUUCUCUGGCAUCGCGGAUAGUGUUUAAAUAUUUUUUAUUGGCAAGAGGUUAAACGUAAUAAAUUAAGUGAAUGAAUAAAUAAUAUGUGCAAGAAUUUUUUGCGAGCACUAUCCAAGCUGAUUUAUUUUUGCGAUACCGAAAAUCGAUUUUUAGUCCUAGAAUUUAUAUAUGAAAGAAUGAUAUAUAUUAUAAAUACAUUAUAACUAUUGUUUUUUUCUUCUGUUGAUUAUUCAGGCAAGUCUUGACUUAUUGUACAUGUUGGAGCUUAAUGAGUAUGAGUUUAACAGCGUUUAUUCAUUGGUGUGUCCAACUAAUACACGAUAACCAGAAAAUUUUUGUAUGAAAAAAAAACAUUCGACAACCUCUGUAAUAUUUAGAUUUAUUUACUGUCAAUAUAGAGUAGGAGUUUGGGGGAUACGUACGUGUACCAUACUAAUUACUUCGUCUAGAUGAGGGCUGGGGGAGCAACGGAUUACUUGAGAAAAGUAACACAACCCAAUUAGCACACACGAUAUAUAAGGAAUUAGAUAUUAAUAAAUAUGUCUCGUGAGACAUUUCAAUUUUUUA